CACACAAACUGUAAUAAUAAUGAGUUCGCGUCUGUUCGCCCUGACUCUACUCCUGAUGUCUCUGAGUGGUUGUGAAUCAGUUAUCAAGGUGGUCAGCGAAGCCGUUGUAUUCACCAACUCCAUGGGAGGGGGAGAGGACGAGUUACAAGUUCCGUCCCACCACACGGCCUCCAAGCUGUUCGAUGCCGGGGGCGAAGUGAUGGAGGCCUGGUGGACCCCCCUCAACCAGAUCACCGACCUCUCGGCCAUCUACAAGAUAGAUACUGUACCUGCAGGACGUUACGUCAAACUGGUGGUCCACGGGAAACCCGGACAUCGUGAUGCGAGAGUGCGCAUCAAAAUAUACGCUGAUGUCCUCGGGAACGAUACACGCUGUUAGACGUUAGAAGUUGCGGUGGAAUCAAUAGUUCACAACUGAAUGGUUUACAUCAAAGGCCAGAUUUAUCAACAUCUUUAUUUAACACUCACUCAUUAUUUUAAUAUUAUUAGUUUUCAAAGCCUGCAUUAAAUAUUUGCAUUUAAUAAAACUGAACUCAAAUUAACUAUAUAAUUAUGAGCUUAUUUAAACACACGACACAAGUCAUAUACAGGCCCGUUAGUUGCCUGUUUCUCUUCAAGUCUGUUGCUACAAAUGAGCAAUCUAUUUUUAAAUUUCUCUAUGUGCACUUAUUUAAUUUUACAACAUUUGGAAUGUUAAUGCUUAAGCGAAAUAUGCCACGCCCAAGGAUGCAGUUUAAAUUCUUCCUGUUACAACAAAACCACUAAUACACUUAUGAAGGCUAAUUUGAGAUUCUAGAUAAUAAAGUUUCGGUCUGGUGUUAGAUUUAGAUUUAGCAAAAGGAG